GGUCUGGUGGCAUGCCCCCCAGAAAAUUUUGAGAAACUGAAGCGUCUUAGGUAUGUUUCUGCGAUUUUUAGCUGAUAAAUUUAUCGAUCGAAACUGAAUGAUAAUGCGUCAUUUUCAUUGCCAAAAACCUAAAAUGGAUUGAAACUGAAGUUCCCUCUGCCAAUAUUAAAUGCAUCAGUUGUGUUUCUUCAGUUUUUUUGUUUUUUUUCAUGAAGAAAGUGAGCAAAUAUUGUUGCAUGGCAAAGAGUUUUUGAAUUAACUAUUGUGGUCACUUUGAAGGUGACUAUGAAACAACACAUGCUGGUUCACAAGUUAGCAAUUCAUGUAUCCACCAACAAGCGCUCCUCAGAAGGAAUGCUUCUUGCCGGUUACGUGAAGUUCCUUUCGGUGAAAUCGGAUCACUGCUUUAUUUGUUUAUUUUCUCCUGAAAAGUGGCCGUUCUCAGGAUGGCUGGAUGGCCACCUGACUAAAAGCCUGGUCCAGGGGCAACAUGACCUAAUAAGAGGUCAGCGACACUCAGUCUCAACAAAUCGUUCAUUUCUCUUUACAUCAGUAGUUGAUCUUUUAAACAGGUCUGGUAAUUAAUUAACAGCAGGGAAAGAUUUCCUGUUUGAUUGAAAUUGUAGCAGAACUAUUUGGUCAUUCUAGCAUGGAAAUUAGCACUUCUUCUACUCCAUGUUUGCAGCUCACUUUAGUGGGCUUGUUUAUUAAAAAGAAGCAAGCACAAUUCAGCUCAGCAUCAUUACUUUGUUACUUGACAUAAUAAAGUGUACUUGAAUAUGAGCCAUUCUUCUUUUUUCCUUCUCUGCAGAUUUGGUGAUGGUGUGCAACACUUCAAAGUUUUGCGUGAUGGGUCUGGCAAGUAUUUCUUGUGGGUUGUAAAGUUUAAUUCACUGAAUCAGUUGGUGGAAUACCAUCGCACCUCCUCCGUCAGCAGAUCACAAUCAAUAUAUCUAAAAGACAUGAUGGAAGAAGACCAGUUGACUCCACAGGAAGAGGUCUAUGUCGCAGCUUAUGAAUUCCGUCCUGAGGAGGAAGGAGAGUUGUAUUUUAAACGUGGAGAUUUAAUAGAAGUUCUUGACAAAGAAGAUUCAAACUGGUGGAAAGGCAAAAACAUGACCAGUGGAAAUGUGGGAUUGUUUCCAGCGACCUAUGUGCAAAAGAAAACUUGAUUAGGACUCAAUUUGUUGUCAAAAAAGUAAUGAACUUUUAUACUGUUGUAAGUAAGACAGUCAGAAAUGUAAUUGUUAAGAUUGCUGAAACAUACUGUACAUGUAAGGGCUACAAAGUUGAUUAUUCUUCCCAUAAUUAACAAUUUAUUGUUUGUGUACUGGGUUUGCAAAAUAAUAUAAUAUAUUAUGGUGGAAUCCUGAUUUUUUGAGCCCUCAUUUCUUCAGCAUCCUCACCACCCAAAGCAGAAGUGUGUAAUUUUAUCCAAGAUAUCUCAUAGCAAAUUUUUAUUUUCCCUUGAGGUUCAAGAAAUUGGAACUCCAUUGUAUUAUAUUCUCGUCUAUAUGAGGUUCUGGUUUCAGUUUUGCUCCAUUAGUGUUUUUCAUGAAGAAAGGCGGCACUUAGUAAGGCCUGAACAUUUUCUAGUAUUUUACCUAGCAGCUUCCAACUUAGUUGCCUGGACUCUUCCCAACCCAUGUAUUUUAUGCAAAGCCUAUCCACAAAGAUCAAUUAAAUACCUCCUACUAGCGUAACUCAAGGUCUGUACUGUAAGUUACAAACCAAGUUUUUUCCAUUUUUGUUUUUGGUCCAAGUGCAUGGGCCAUAAAUCAAGGGGAAUAACAAGGAUCCGUAACUUAUAGUAUGGACAGAGAAGGCAAAGUUAGUAAGAUAUUUAUUAAAUCUGUACAUGUCUUUGACAGGUUUGGGAACAGUUUCAAAUUUUAGCAGGCUGUACAGUAGAAUACUACGCAGUAAACUGAGCAAUCACAGUGUGUAUACAUAGUAGCAAAGAGGUAAAAAAAUAAUAAUAACUAGGAACUCGUAGCUGUGGAUGAUCACUUAUCUGUCAUCAUUGCUGAAUUUACAAGUUUCUUCCAAAUUUUUGUGGAUCAGGUGGUAAAUUCCAUGCAGCACUUGAGCUAAGUUUGAGUUCAGGACAUCUGUAACUCCUUUUAGCUGUUAUUACUUUGGUAUAUAGAUAGCGCUUUGCAAUAAUUCUGUAAUAUGUACUUUUUAUAAACUAAAAAGUAAGUUGAAGAGUGGAAAUGGAAGCCCUGGUUCUUAUCCUUUUUUGUUCAGAAGGAGCUUUUCCUGAGGCCUUGUGGAAGUUUGUCAUUUAUAUUUUCCAUGGUUUCACUUAAAAGUAUGUAUUUCUUUUGAUCUGUAUUCAUGGCUACUUAAAUGCCUUUGUUGAUAAUUUACACGUAAGUGCUCUUAUUGUCAAAAUUCUAAUAGUCACUCUUUGCCAACUUUAAUGUAUUUCAUAGGUUAAGUUUCAUUGCAAGACAACUCUAACCCAUGUUGCUUUGUCUCUUUACCUGUGAGAAGCUGCUGUGUUAGCAUCAUGCUUUUGGAAGCAUAAAGUACACACUGUAAGUCUAUGAAUGGUACAAUUGCACUUAACUUAAAAUAAUUUAGGUGGUACGGUGUUAACGCUGUUAUUACUGAUAGCUAGGAAUGGCUGAAAUUAACAUAAUUAUGCAAAGUUUAGUUCCCAGAUCAAUUUUUUUCAUAAUGUGUUGUGCAAAAAAACCUAUGAAAAACUGCUUGUGUGCAUUAUGCGUAACUCAACAAUAACAAUUGAGUAGAAUUAUAAUAAUACUUGAGGCUUGAUGAAAUUUGAGUUUUGACACCCUCCCUGAACUGUUGCUGUAAGAGAACACCUUGGCUAGACUCAUUCAAGUGUUAGUGGAGCAGUUUGGAUUGUCGAGCAAGAAGGUAAAUUGUUAAUAAGAGACCACAGCCAUUUUCUCUGACUAUUUUAACUUCUUGCUUGAUGAGAUUUUGAAAGAGCAAGGAAACCCUUGCAGACAAAAUUAUGUAAUGUGGUGGGAGUGACAGCUUUAUUGGUAUCACUUUUGGAGGUUGUUUACUUGAGUGAGAGAGAAUUUAAGGUAAAGUUUUUUUUUGUGUGUGAGUAAAUUGGAUGAUUUGGAAGUAGAUGAAAGUUCAAGAGAGAAAUUUCAAGCCUUGUUCCAAGGGCCUCUCUUCUUUCUGUGCAUGGUGUGAAGAACAGAAGCCUGGCAACAAGGCCCUCUUUAGAAUAAUGUUAUUUUAGACUUGUAUAGCACAGGCUAACUGUAUGAACAUAACAAGGUGGCCAUAAUUUAGGAUUGCACUGAAGCUAGAUUUAUUAGUAAGAAUUAAUGAUCUGCCAUAUAGUAGGAUAUUUGCAAUUAGAUGUAAGCAUUAUUCAAUCAUGGUAAUUAGUGUAACAAGAAAGUGAUUUUCUAGUAAAUAUUGCUUUAUAUA